AUGCAGAAGAAAAUCGGCCUUGAAACAAUACCUUCUCUCACUGACAAAGUGACUUUUCCUCUUCUUCUUUUAAGGCCAGCACGGGUGUCCUCGACCUCUAGGUCCCUGAAUUCCUAUGUAGUAGUCUUCAUUGUUGUUGCUGUGGUGGUGAUUCUGGCAGUAACCAUAGCUCUACUUGUGCACUUUUUAGCUUUUGAUAAAAAAUCAUACUUUUAUCGUGGCAGAAUUCAAAUCUUAAAUGUUAACUAUACUGAUCAGUUAAAUUCGCCAACAACACAGGAAUAUAGACAUUUGAGUGAGAGAAUUGAAACUAUGCUUAGUAAAACAUUCAAAGAAUCAGAUUUAAGAAAUCAAUUCGUCAGAGCUCAUGUUGUCAGACUGAGGCCUGGUGAUAAUGGCGUGGUAGCAGAUAUUGUUAUGAAAUUUAAAUUCACUAGAAAUAACUAUGGAACAUCAAUAAAGAACAGAAUUGAAUCUGUUUUACAGCAACUGCUGAGUAAUUCUGGAAACUUGGAAGUAAAUCCUUUACCUGACAUAACAUCACUUACUCCUGAGGCUACAGCAGAUAUUUUCUCUCAAGCAUGUGGAGCCCGUCCAGACUUACUAACAUUGUCUGAGGAAAGAAUCAUUGGAGGCACAAAGGCUGAGGAAGGAGACUGGCCCUGGCAAGUCAGUCUACACUUUAAUAAUGUUCACCACUGUGGAGGCGUCCUGAUCAGUAAGACAUGGAUCCUGACAGCAGCUCACUGCUUCAGAACCUCUUCUGAUCCUCGUCGAUGGACAGUCAGCUUUGGUAUUUCCACAAUAAUUCCUAAAGAGACAAUAGGUGUAAGGACUAUUUUAAUCCAUAGCAAUUACAAUUCUGCAACUCAUGAAAAUGACAUCGCAGCUUUGCAACUUCUCAGAGAUGUCACCUUUACCAAAAAUAUCCAUAGGGUGUGUCUCCCUGAGGCUACCCAGACUAUUUCACCUGGUUCCACAGCUUAUAUAACAGGAUGGGGAUCUCGAAAAUACAGUGGUAACACAGUUCCAGAUCUAGAACAAGCACGAGUCAACAUAAUAAGUAACAGUGCGUGUAAUGCACCAGAUAGAUAUAAUGGAGCCAUCUUUUCUGGAAUGGUAUGUGCUGGAGUACCAGGAGGUGGAGUGGAUGCAUGUCAGGGUGACUCUGGUGGUCCACUUGUACAAGAAGAUUCACGACGACUCUGGUUCCUUGUGGGGAUAGUAAGCUGGGGUUAUCAAUGUGGUCUGCCCGAUAAACCAGGGGUAUACACCCGAGUGACAGUCUACCGUGAUUGGAUAACCCAACAAACUGGGAUCUAG